AUGGCCCAAUAUCUAUAAAAUAAAGACUAUUUAACAUUUAAGUCAUAAAUUCAUAUACUCAAGUAGUUUUACUCUAAGGAAAACGAAAAUUACAAAUGUAUGUUAUAAUUAUUAAUAAUAGAAAAACAAAUACUAUAAUUGAAUAACAUUAAUAAUACAAUAAAGAAUAUUCUAUCAGAUUUAACUCAAGAAGAUGGUUCAUUUAAUUCUGGUCAUUAAAAUGAUAUUAAAAUAGUAGAAAUUAAUCAGAAAAUUGAAUCUCAUAAGUAGUUGAAUACAAAAGAGGCUGAAAUAUUAGUAACUGAAGGUAUCAUUAAUUUUAUUUGAUCUUAGGCUUUGCUUUAAACAAUUUAAAUAAAUAUUAAGAAGCAAUUGAAUGCUAUGACAAAGCUAUUACCAUUAAUCCAAAAGAUGAUGCAGUUUGGUAUUAUAAGGGUAAUUAACUGUUAGACAUUAUUAAUUAGGCAAUUCUUUAUACAAUGUAAAUAAAUAUUAAGAAGCAAUUGAAUGCUAUGACAAAGCUAUUACCAUUAAUCCAAAAAAUGAUUCAGCUUGGAGUAAUAAGGGUAAUUAACUGUUAGACAUUAUUAAUUAGGUAUUGCUUUAAAAAACUUAAAUAAAUAUUAAGGAGCAAUUGAAUGCUAUGACAAAGCUAUUACCAUUAAUCCAAAAGAUGAUGCAGCUUGGUAUUAUAAGGGUAAUUAACUGUUAGAUAUUAUUAAUUAGGCAAUGCUUUAAACAGUUUAAAUAAAUAUUAAGAAGCAAUUGAAUGCUAUGACAAAGCUAUUACCAUUAAUCCAAAAAAUGAUGCAGCUUGGUAUUAUAAGGGUAAUUAACUGUUAGACAUUAUUAAUUAGGCAAUGCUUUAUCUACUCAUCUGAAGGUAAACAUUUUAAAUAAAUAUUAAGAAGCAAUUGAAUGCUAUGACAAAUCUAUUACCAUUAAUCCAAAAUAUGAUUCAGUUUGGACUAAUAAAGGUAAUUAACUGUUAGACAUUAUUAAUUAGGUAUUGCUUUAAACUAUUUAAAUAAAUAUUAAGAAGCAAUUGAAUGCUAUGAUAAGGCUAUCACCAUUAAUCCAAAAGAUGAUUCAGCUUGGAGUAAUAAAGGUAAAUUAUUUUAUAAAUAAGGCCUUACACUACAUAAGUUAAAGAAAUAUAAGAAUGCUAUCAUAUGUUAUGAUUAAGCCCUAUCUGUUCGCAUAACUCCUCUUAGAUUACUACGAAAAGGUACACCAAUUUGCCUUAUUUUUUAAGCUGAUUCUCUAUUUGAAUUGGGGAAUAAAUAAGAGGCUAAACAAUAUUGUUUGGAUGCAUUAUAAUAUGGUUCAAAUCAGAAGGAUUAUAUACAAAAAUAACUACAACAGUUAUGA